AAGAAGAAAUAAGGGCGUUUUUUUUUUUUUUUUUUUUAAACAUCCGCGGCGGUACAUCAACAAAUCCUUCUUGGAGGCGGUUGAUAAGGAAACAGCAAUAACAAACAAGUAAUAACACGCACAAACGGUGUUGACGUGAAUGAUGCAGGGGUCUGCUCAGAUAAGACGGCGAGUGGCUCAGGACUUCAAGGAUUGCUACGAGUCCUUGUGUGCGACUCGGGGCUCGGCUCCGGUUGCUGCGUUGAGGUUGGGUCUGAACCGAGGAGUUCUGGACUUUAAUGGCGAUACCAUCAGUUUCCCGGACUGGGCGCCUAUACUGUCAGCAUUAUCCAUCAACAAACAGCUGCACCAUGUGGGUGUCAGAAGUUGCUAUCUCGCCAGUCUGGGCUCUCAGGGUUCCUAUAAGCCGUCCGUCAGGAAGAAGAUUCCUGCUAUCCAUUCAAAGAGCAUGACGUUUCAGCUUUGCAAAGCUGUGCAGAAAUGCCUUGGUGUUUCACACAGCCUUAAAACGCUCCACUUGAACGGGCUGCCUCUGAGAGAGCGAGACCUUGACACACUCACUAAGGGUUUGUCCAAGAGUGUGUCAUUGGAACAUUUGUCUUUGGCACACUGUCCCAUUGCAGACGAUGGACUAGAGACUAUCUGUCAGAGUGUGAAGUAUUCAGCAACCAUUAAAACGGUGGAUUUCACUGCCUGUAAUAUUACAUGGCGAGGUGCAGAGCAUUUGGUAAACAUUAUAAAGAACCAGGCAGUGAGGCGACACGGCACGGCGUGGGUGGAGACCUUGCGAUACAGGAAGGCGGAGUUUGAGGCGAUGGGCGGGCUUCGUAGGAUCACACUUAAUGAAAACAUUCUAAUCGGCGACAAAGGAGUGACAUCCCUCGCUCAGGAGCUCAUAGAGGACCUGUGGGUCAAAGCAGUGGACCUGCAGCGGUGUGGCAUCUCUAACGAUGGAGCUCGUGUUCUGGAGAACAUGCUACAGUCCAACACCACUCUGUGUGUACUGGACAUCCGGAGAAACCCCCUAGUGGAUAAUGAGCUGGUGAAGUCUGUGAUUAAGAAAGUGCUUGUGAACAGUAAAGGCCAGGACUCCCAGUAUUUGUGGUUGAAGCCUCCAAGUAAAGAUGCAAAUGACCACUCGGGACAGACGGCCAGGAGAAGCGCAGGAAAACCUACUUAUAGAAUCAGCUCACGGCGAGUAUCUUCAGCAGCAUGUGGAGGGAGGCCUCCUCGACCUGGCAGUACUGGCUAUAUCCCAUGGCGCACUGCAGCUCGGGCCAAACUUCAGAGGGGUCUCCCUCAGAGUGCAACAACAGCGCAUCUGAGCUUUCAGAAUGCCUCCUCCAUUCGAGUCACAUUGGAGUCAGAGAGCGAGUCGGAGUGUGAGGAAAAUGAAAGUGUAUCACAACGUUUGUGUGCACUGAGUGCUCGUGAGAACAUCGCCAGCAGCCAGUUCAGACGUCUACAAUCAGAUUACAGGAAUCUGCAGGAGCAGCUGGAGGAAUGCAGGCUGAGGCUCAGCGAGGAGAGAAACGCAAGAUUGAAAGCCACUUCUCGUGUUGUCGAGCUGGAGUUAGAGAACAGUCGCCUACGCAGUGUGAAUCAGUCUCUGUCUGAAGCUCACAUCAGUCACUCUGUCUUGGAGGAUGAACAAGUGCUGGACAGCAUCGAGGCUUCCUUUCACAAAUUCCAUGCCUUCCUUGACCUGCUUAAAGAUGCCGGGCUGGGUCAGUUGGCGUCCGUGGCCGGGAUUGAGCAGUCAGACUUCGGGCUUCUGAAUCGUCCUCAGCUCUCUUCUACACAGCGAAGAGGACAUGAAGACCAGGCCAGCCAGCAGAGGAAAGACAGCAUGGCUGUAACAAACAACAACCUUCAAAAACCAUCAAGACUUCAAUCCACCACAUCCUCCUCUGCACCUUCUGUGGUCUCCAAGAACUCUCGUCAUCUCCACUCCCCACAGGAGGUGAUCCUCACUCCAGCUGCACUCCACUCCAACCCCUCACCUUCUCCUUUGGACCAUCCCGAAGCUCUUCAGAUGCAGCAAAGUGUCUCUCCCACCCAUUCAAACUCAAACAGGGAGUCUGGCUCUGAUAAACUCCGAGGCAGCCGAGGCUCAAAAUCAGGCAGUUCAGCCAGCAGUGUUCUUCAUAGUGUUCAUAGUAAACUCUCUUAUUCUUACCGAGAGGACUUCUCAGAGGGGAAGUUCUCUCCGGCUCUGAGCUCCAGAUCUUCCAGCAUGUCUCAGUUUGGUUCUGAGAGACUCAGUGUCUCUGAGGGCCUGAGGAGUGCUGGUGGAUUGGCUGGACUCUAGAGACAGGUCACAGUUUUAAUGUUUAGUGCCAAGAUUCGAAAUGUUUACAUGAGAGAUUGUACAAUUUUCGAGUGACCCCAGUGCCCUGAAAUAUUGAGUGGAUGCUGGAGAUGGUAUGAGAUAAUUAAAGAGAACAACAGUGCUGAGGAAUAUAUAUUAAUAGUUUGUGUAUUAUAAAUUAAUUAGAACUGAAAAAUGAUUACAGUUUUUACUGGAAUUGGUUAUACUAAAGUUUGUUUUACUUUGUUUCUGAAUUUCUGAAAACUGAAUUGAGCAAGUUGUAAGCAUUAGGGCACUAACCUUUUAUUGUGUGUUGUUGGAUUUCAUAACUGUUCAAAUUAAUUUCCAUUAUGCAUUUGGACAUUUUAUGUAGCUAAUAAAACUAUGGCAAUUUUUUAUAGUGCCCAUGAAUGAAUAGAAAUUACUUGUUUGUUUUGCUGUUGAGAUGUGUGCAGAGUGUCUCCUAAAAGUCAUGUAUAACUUGCAAGGUUUUAAGACAGGGUUUUGUUUUACAGCUAUAUAUUUAUUGUUAUUCCUUUUUUAUUAAUAGAGUUGAUUGUCUCAAAAAUCUCAAGUCUUGGGUAUACUUAAAAUUACCGUUUACAAAUUGCUGUGAAUCACUUGAUAUGUGAAUUUGUUUCAGACUAAAUGUGCAACCAGGUCAAGUAGUUGAGAGGUGGAAGUAAAAACAAUGGAUUUGAUAAAAAGGCUACUGAAUUAUUAUUAUUAUUAUUAUUAUUAUUAUUAUUAUUAUUAUUAUUAUUAUUAUUAUUAUUAAUUUUUACAAACUUUUAAACAGCCAUAUGAUGUUAUCUAUUCAAAGAUUAUGAAAGUGUGUCUGAGAGUGGUAGGGCAGUAGUAGCGCAGUGGUUAAGAUAUUGGAUGUCUGAUUAGAAGGUUUUGUUCAAAUCCCAGCACUGCCAAGCUGCCUUGAGUAAGGUCCUUAACCCACAACUGCUCAAAUGUGUACAGGGGUUCUUGAAAGUUAUGAACCCUUCAAGAAUAUUCUGUAUUUCUGCCCUAAAUCAUAAACAGAUUUUCAUACAAGUGCUGAAAGUAGAUAAAGAGAACCCAAUUAAACAAACAAGACAUAA